AUGAAGUCCUCAAGCACCAAGACUGUAUCCCCGCCAGCGGUUGUUUCGGACAACUUUUUCGAUGAGCAUUUCGGGGCUUUUCAUCAAGACGACUUAAACUACCCAGACAGUGGAAUAGGGUCUGUGGACGCAUCAUGGACCUUUUGGCCACCAAGCGACCUUUCUAUUAUGGAUGAUGUUUCGUUGGGACUAGAGGGCUACAGCUCUAUCUAUACCACCGGUCAGAAUCAACAUUCGGCACAGCAUUUAGUAUCACCCAUAUCUUUGGACACCCAACCUCCAGUCGAUCGGAGUACCAACUCCGCGUUGAACGAAUUGCAAGAUAUCGCACCUCAGGACCACAGGUAUCAUUUCGAGGAAGCAGCCCCAACUACCAAUUACAACCGCGUGGCAUCACCUCCGCAGACAACAAACCCGAUUGGAGACACAGACGAUGCAUUGUUUAUGUACUACCUGGACGAAGUCUUUUACAUCCAAUACCCUUUUUUUCACAGCCAAAAGAAACAAGGAAGAGGAUGGCUCUUUGCCAUCCUCCGAAGAGUCAAAUCGGCAUAUCAUGCAGCUUUAGCUCUGAGCGAACGCCAAAUGCUUUCAGGCUCAUCAUCGCGGAACGGCGACAUUGCCAGUAGCCUGAUUCAACUACGCAACCCAAACAGUCACUAUGACAUAGCCAUUCAAGAGCUGCAGACGGUGGUAAAUGAUCCUAACGCAUCGAAAGGCCGUGGCCUUUUGCUUCAUAGCAUAGAGAUCCUCAUGUCUAUACUGCAGCUUUUGUUCUUUGAGGCCCGAACUCCGCCUUUGACGACGCCAGACGACUCCGCUCUAUGUCCCGAAGUUGAUUGCGCAUUCAAAUUCGUUCUCGGAUCUUUCAUCGCAUUCGACAUCAUCUCCUCCGCUUCCACUCGAUCAAAUCUAACCCUUAACAUAAAUCACCUACAAGUACUCGGGACUUUUAAUCUUUCCCUCGAAAGCCACACCGGAUGCCGGGAUUCAGUAAUGGCUCUUGUCCUGGAAAUUUCCCUUUUGGACAAAUGGAAGGAAGAGGCGAAAAGCGCCAACAAACUGAGCUACGUCGAGCUGGUAAAACGCGGUGACGGAAUACUGAGCCGUCUUCGGCAAGAGCUAGCAGCCAUCGAGGGAAAGUUUCAUUCAUGGACUGGAGGAGCAGGAGGAGGAUCGUUGCUAGCCACUCCUCCACCAGCAAUGUCUACUUCUAAUACUCCAACAUCUACGCACGCGGAAAUCAGCAAAGUCUUUAUACUGGCAGCUAUAACAUAUCUCCAUGUUGUCAUUUCGGGUCCUUAUCCAGAAGUGCCCGAGAUUGCAGAAAGCGUAUCGGAAACGGUCCUCGCUUUCAAGAGUUUGAAAGAUCCGCGAUUGUUGCGGAGUUCGAGCUGGGAUCACUCAACAUGCUACUGGGGUGUGCUUCGAGGCUUUACAAAUUAUGGAAGAAUGUUGGAAGGCUAG